AUGAUAUCUAGAACCAUUGGUGAAUCUAUUCCGCCCAACACAAAACAUGCUGUUUCCGUGUGUUUGCCCACAUGGGAAGCUACAGUAGGCUAUGAAGAGGGUGAAAGCAGUAUAAUUAACUCGCUUACUACCGGAUAUCCAAGAUUUUUCAUACACAAGUCAAUAAAGAAAUUAUGUGAAAUUUUAUCCGCUAAGUACUCCAUGGAAGAUGAAGCUUGUCUUUGCUUCCCCUCUUACAAGGUUGCCAAUAGGUGCAGAGAGUUUAUCAAAGUGAAAACGGGUCUUUCUACCAAAGUACGCAUCUUACAACUAUGUACACCUAAACCUAUGAACCAAGAGGAAAAGCUCUGGAGAAGGGAAUGUAAAAUCACGGUGGUGUUUGUAGACCAGGAAAUAUUCCCCGUGAUGAAGCAGUAUUGGCAACAUUCUGGUGAGAUUGUAUCUAGCAGAAUGGCGGAGUAUAUUUUACAUGAAUUACAAGUCAAGGAUAAUCUUAAGAAGAUGGAAACAGUGGAUAACGGUAAAAAAUUUAUGACCGAAGAUGAAAACAGAGUGAACGAAGAAUAUAUAGAAACGAGAUUUGGGAGAAAUUUAAAUUUUCUUGCUGCUGAUAAAGCCAAAUAUCUAAUACGAAAGAGGAUUGCCACAAAAGUUGUUGAAAAAAUUGACUCUGAAGGUCUAUCGGACCUAUUCUCUUUUGAACACUAUAACGAGAGCAACGGUCCAUUCAAUGUUGGCAGUGGAGAGGCUCUGGAUGAUGAUCAGUUGAAUUCGGACAUACCUGCCGAAACAAUUACUUCUAUGGGAGAAAGUGGCUCAAACAGUACUUUUGAAAACACAGCUACCGAUGACUUGAAGUUUCAUGUCAACCCUAAUACGGAUGUUUACUUAUUUCCAAGUGGAAUGGCGUCCAUUUUCACUGCCCACAGGCUGCUUUUAAACUUCGAUGCCAAGCGCUUAUCAAGGUCUUCUAGUAGACAAGAUAAGUUGAUUGGAUAUGGACCUCCGUUCAAGAAGACCGUCAUGUUUGGAUUCCCAUAUACAGAUACUCUGAGCAUUCUUCGGAAGUUCAAUCACACACAUUUCUUGGGACAGGGAGAUUCAACGUCAAUGAACGCUCUGAAAAAUAUUUUACAUUCUGGUGAGCAAAUACUGGCGGUAUUUAUAGAAGCUCCAUCGAACCCACUGUUGAAAAUGGGAGAUUUACAAGAACUGAAAAGGCUAUCAGACUUGUAUUCAUUUUACAUAGUGGUCGAUGAAACUGUGGGUGGCUUUGUCAAUAUAGAUGUAUUACCGUAUGCCGAUAUUGUUUGUAGUUCGCUAACGAAAAUCUUCAGCGGCGACUCGAACGUUAUUGCAGGAUCCUUAGUACUAAAUCCUAGAGGAAAGAUUUAUGAGUUUGCUAGAAAAUUUAUGAAGACUGAAGACGGAUAUGAAGAUUGCCUAUGGUGCGAAGAUGCGUUAUGCCUGGAAAGAAAUUCGAGAGACUUCGUGGAACGUACAAUCAAGGUGAAUACAAACACUGAUAUAUUGUUAAAAAGGGUGUUAUUGCCUCAGGUGGGAAAAUUGUUCAAGAAAAUAUAUUACCCCAGUUUAACAUCAGAGGAUACCAAGCGGAAUUAUGACAGCGUUAUGUCUACAAAAGAUGGUGGGUAUGGAGGUUUAUUUUCACUAACUUUUUUCAAUAUUGAAGAGGCAAAGAAGUUUUUCAAUAAUCUGGAAUUGUGCAAAGGACCUUCUCUCGGUACGAAUUUCACUUUGGCGUGUCCAUAUGCUAUUAUUGCCCACUACCAGGAAUUAGACGAGGUAGCUCAAUAUGGUGUCGAAACAAAUCUUGUAAGAGUGAGCGUCGGUUUGGAAAAUAGCGACGUUUUAUGCAAUGUUUUUCAGCGUGCCAUUGAGAAAGCUUUAGGGGAAUAA